AUGGGUAUUUCACAAGGCAGCCCUCCAGCCACAGGCACCGGCUCUUUGGUCAUCUACCUGGAAGACUAUAAUGACAACGCCCCCUAUGUGGUCCCGUCGGUAGCGCGGGUGUGUGAAGAUGACUUGAGCGUGGCUAUAGUCGGGGGGCGGGACAAGGACCUUUACCCCAACGCCGCACCCUUUAAGAUAGAGCUGGGAAAACAGCCGGGCCUCGACAAAACAUGGAAGGUCACCAGGGUCAACUCCACACACUCCAAAAUCGUGCUCUUGCACAGUCUGAAGAAAGCCAACUAUCAGCUCCCAUUGCUCAUCACUGACUCGGGGGUGCCCCCCUUGUCCAACUACACAGAGGUCAAAGUUCAAGUGUGCGUCUGCAAGAAGAACAAGAUGCACUGCAGCUCCGCCCACUCCCACCGCGCCAGCCUUCUCGUGCUGCUAGCAACACUCCUGCUCGCCCUACUCUGUAAGUAA